UGACGGAGAUGUUUGAUGUCUCCUCGGUUCCGAAAGCCUGUCAGUCAAGAGAGCCUCUCGGUUUGUCUUUGUAGUUGUGCUUGUCUAGGAAAUGUGGCUCUGGAUGGUCACCCAAUUCAUCUCCAGCCUUGGUGUUAGGUCUCAAAGCCGAGACAAAUGGCUGAGGUGCUUGUUUAACAUACCAAAGCGGACCUGGCUGCCAGGUUCUUCUAGCAUCCCUCAGUCCCUACCUGUGACAGGGUCCUCUUGGUUGGAGUACCCGCCCUCUACCCUAAACAUCUCCAGCCCAGGGGCUGGGCAGCCCUUCCCCCAGCUCACCGUCCCUAUAUAAUCCAACCAUUUUGGUUACCCCUCCUGUUUUGGGCUGACUGCUGCACCUGGUCCCCCUCCCCCUCUCCUCACAUGGCUCAGGGUCAUGUCCACUCUGGACUCUCUGAUGUCCAUGUCUCUAGCUACGCUCCUCCACAUAUCCAUAAUAAACUUUCCCCUCUACCACACCUAGGAACUGUCAUCUCCUUUCCUUUUCUUUCUUUUUUUAUUCACUUAGCACCCGAGAGGGUCAUUUAUACACAUGGACAGGGAAGGCCAUACCUAAAGAAGUAGGACUUUGAGCCAUAAUCUGAGCAACCUGCCACCUUUUCUGUAACAAAACACCUUGGAAGUCAGCCUGUAAGUCAUAUCUACAGUUAGCCAGAUGACUAUUUCUCUUGAUAAUCUAUAGAGUCCUACACAUAACUUCUGUAACAAUAGGCAACAGAUGACUAGGAUUUGUUUUAAUAACUAGUUCCUGCUUGUAGUUGUUUCUGCUGCUAAUAAAGGACACACAUAGCCCUCCGUUUCCAGGAUGACCCUUUGCUAGUUAGCCCCCUUACAGCUUCCUCAUGCCAAGAAUGUCAGGCCUCCAAUAGAUAUUUAGGGGAGUGAAAAGUGAAUAAAUGUCAGGCCUCCAAUAGGUACUUAGGGGACUGAAAGGUGAAUGAAUGUCAGACCUCCAAUAGGUAUUUAGGGGAGUGAAAAAUGAAUGAAUGUCAGGCCUCCAAAAGGUAUUUAAGGGACUGAAAGGUGAAUGAAUGUCAGGCCUCCAAAAGGUAUUUAAGGGACUGAAAAGUGAAUGAAUGUCAGGCCUCCAAAAGAUAUUUAGGGGAGUGAAAGGUGAAUGAAUGUCAGGCCUCCAAAAGAUAUUUAGGGGAGUGAAAGGUGAAUGAAUGUCAGGCCUCCAAUAGGUAUUUAAAGGUUUGAAAGGUGAAUGAAGCUCCAGGCUAAAUACUUUCAUCAACUCAUAAUCCAAGCAUACAUGGUCUGUAAGUCUCUUAUUCUCCCAGGCUGACCACUUACUAUCUUGUUUCCUUUUUCUCUCUGGCUCACUGCUGUUCAGCUGUACCCACCUGACCAAAACCUCUCUCUACUCCUCCAGUCUUUAACCCUUGCAGUUCCCUCUGACUCAGAUCAUCCUCAGAUCCCUGCAAGACCAUUCUCUAACAUUUCUGCUCAGAGAUCACUUUUUUUUUUUCCUUCAAGACAGGGUUUCUCUCUGUGUAGCUUUGUGCCUUUCCUGGAACUCGCUCUGUAGACCAUACUGGCCUCAAACUCACAGAGAUCCACCUGCCUCUGCCUCUCGAGUGCUGGGAUUAAAGGUGUGCGCCACCAUGCCCGGCCAGAGGUCACUUUUUAAAAUUACAAAAUUUGUGUGUUUGAUUGUGUGCAAGCUUGUGUCCACUCGUGUGAGCAAUGAGUUUGAGGUCAAAGGACAGUUUUCCGGAAUUGGAUCUCUCUUACUUUUAUAUGGCUUCUGGAGCUCGAACUCAGGUGCCCUCCCUGGUUUGGGGGAAAAGUACUUUUCCCCUCCAGACCAUCUCAUUUGCCCAGAUAGCACACUCAUUUAGUUAUUCCUGUAGUCCCAGCACUGGAGAGGCAGAAGCAGGAGGAUUGGGAAUUCAAGGUCAGCCCUGGCUACAUGGCAAGUUUGAGACUAGCUUGGACUACGUGUGACCUUGUCUUAACAAACACAAAGAUAUACUUGAAUUUUUGGACAUCUUUUAGUCACUGACUGAUCUAUAAGUGACCACAUGCUGUAGAAGUUAAGGGAAACAAACAGUUAAGUGUUGUGUGAGACAGAGUUUCUCUGCCUAAUAACCCUGAGUGCCCUGGAACUCUCUUUGUAGGCCAGGCUGGCCUCGAACUCAGAGACCCACCUGCCUCUGCCUCCUGAGUGCUGGGAUAAAAGGCAUGCACCACCACUGCCUGGCUCAAGUGUGGUAUGCUUUAUUUUUCAAAAAUCUCAUCUCAAGUCUCAUGGCUGUUUUUUGUAACCCAUGUUUACCUUUUUCUGUUUUGUUUUGUUUUGUUUUUCCCUCAUAGCUGUUGUCGAUGAAGUGAGAAUUACUGUAUUGAUCUGGAAAUGGAGGCUCAGAGAUGAAGUGAGGUACCUAAUGUUGCACAGCUGUCGAGUGGUAGUUUCAGGAGCUUGGAUUGAAACUCUAGGAGUCUGACUUCAGAACUGAGGACUUGUGAAGCAUUCAGCAUGGGCAGGAAACUAGCGGGACCAGUGAAACUGAAGAAUUGCUAUCCUUAACGUUAUUGGUGGCUUUCACCUUUGAGGAUGUGGCUGUAAUUUUUACCCAAGAGGAGUGGGGGCAGCUGGCUCCAGCUCAGAGGACCCUGUACCAGGAGGUGAUGCUGGAAAACCGUGGGCUUCUGGUCUCUCUGGGGUAUCCUGUUCCCAGACCUGAGCUGCUGUGUCGACUGGAGCACGGGCAGGAGCUGUGGCCGGUGAUGAAAGACCUUUUCCCAAGCAUCAGUGCAGGAAACAGUGGAAAAACCAAGGCCACCGAACUUAGCGCUUGUGAGCCAGCCCUAUCUAAGGGAGUCUCACGCCAGGGCAAGUUAACAAAAGAAGCCUCAGAGGACUCCCAGUCAGUGCAAACUCCUGGUCAGAUUGGUUCUUCAGAAAUGCAGCAGGGACACUUUCAAACAGGGAUAGAGUCUCAGAGCAAGCUGCUUCCUGGGAAAAUCAGCCUUGGACGUGAUAGCUUAGUGACAGCUGAAGACAUGUGUUCAGAGGUUAUACAGAAGCACAUUUCUUCAGGAAAUGCUGUCAGUAAUUGUCGCUCGAAUGAGUCAGAUAAGGACCUUGUAAUUCAGGAGGAGGAAAGUGUCUUUAGAUGUCAUGAUUGUGGCAAAGUAUUCAGCAAGAAGCGCCUCCUUGCUCGCCAUGAGAGGAGUCACUCUGGAGUGAAGCCAUAUGAGUGUAUGGAGUGUGGGAAGGCCUUCAGCAAGAGCACAUACCUUCUUCAACACCACAUGGUCCAUAGUGGGGAGAAGCCCUACAAGUGCAUGGAGUGUGAGAAAGCCUUCAACCGCAAAUCCCACCUUACCCAGCACCAGCGGAUCCACAGUGGGGAGAAACCUUAUAAAUGUGAUAAGUGUGGCAGAGCUUUCACACACCGCUCUACUUUUGUCUUACAUAAUAGGAGCCACACUGGAGAAAAACCUUUUGUUUGUAAAGAAUGUGGAAAAGCUUUUCGAGACAGGCCAGGCUUCAUUCGACACUACAUCAUCCACAGUGGGGAGAACCCGUACGAGUGCUUUGAGUGUGGCAAGGUCUUCAAACACAGGUCCUACCUCAUGUGGCACCAACGGACUCAUACUGGGGAGAAGCCAUAUGAGUGCAGUGAGUGUGGGAAAGCAUUUUGUGAGAGUGCAGCCUUGAUCCACCACUAUGUGAUCCACACUGGGGAGAAGCCCUUUGAGUGCCUCGAGUGUGGCAAAGCCUUCAACCACAGGUCGUACCUCAAGAGGCACCAGCGCAUUCACACUGGGGAGAAGCCUUAUAUGUGCAGUGAGUGUGGAAAAGCCUUCACCCACUGCUCUACCUUCAUCUUGCAUAAAAGGGCCCACACUGGAGAAAAACCCUUUGAGUGCAAAGAAUGUGGGAAAGCCUUUAGCAAUAGAGCUGACCUUAUUCGACACUUCAGCAUCCACACUGGAGAGAAGCCCUAUGAGUGCAUAGAAUGUGGUAAGGCCUUCAACCGUAGGUCAGGACUCACAAGGCACCAGCGGAUUCAUAGUGGCGAGAAACCUUAUGAAUGUGUUGAGUGUGGGAAAACCUUUUGUUGGAGCACAAACCUCAUCCGACACUCCAUCAUCCAUACUGGAGAGAAACCCUAUGGAUGCAGUGAAUGUGGAAAGGCCUUCAGCCGCAGCUCAUCCCUCACUCAUCAUCGAAGGAUGCACAGUGAGAGAAACCCUACCAGUGAAGCAGGUGAGGAAAAGCCUUUCACAAGUGGGCAGACUUCUGUCAACAUCCAAGAACUUCUAUUGGGAAACGACUUUUUUAAUGUAACCACUGAGGAAAAUCUUUUCCAGGCAGACACAUCUUGUAUAGCACCUGCUAAUUCAUACCAAAGAGAACCCCUGAAAGUGUCUUCACUGUGAGAAAACUUGUUGCAGAUUGCUGCUUGUCCUAUGAAAACAUAUUAGAAAUUGAGCAUUAUUUUCCCCCUGAGAAUGUAGGAGAGACACCCAGUGGUUGUUUUGCACUCAUGAAAACCUUCCCAGGUGUAUCUCUCUCCUACUUUGCAGUGUAGUGUUAGUUCAGGAGGUGAUAUUUUUGUGAAAAGGAGGUGGCAUAGGGAUGAAAAACGUAAGCACUGCUUUCACACUGUCCUGCCAAGUCUUUGCCAUUUGCUAAUGGAUUUCUAAUGUGGGUGAGAGUGAAGGGGUAAAGGAUGAUGACCCUUCAUAUGUCUUGUGUUUGUGUAUACAUACAUGCAUACAUACAUUUAUUUAUAUAUAUAUAUAUAUACAGAGAGAGAGAGACUAUGAAUAUAUAUGUAUGGCAUUGCUGUCUAGUAUUAAAAAAUUGAGAACAAAUCUAGAAACUUACUGUUUCCCUUGUUCCACGUAUUUCUCUAGUACAGCAUUAGUUGUAUGAGAAAUAUGAAAGCUUAAGUUAUGAAAUACUUUAAGAAGGUAAGGCAGAGUGUGUGUGUGUGUGUGUGUGUGUGUGUGUGUGUGUGUGUGUGUGUGUGUGUGUGUUCCUGAGACUAGACCCAGGACUUUUGUCAUGCCAGGCAUGUUGCAAAUACAUACAAAUGGCCACUUUUUUUAUGCACCACUUAAGAUUUUAAGUCUGAAAAAAACUAUGUCAUUCCAAACACUACUUAGAACUUUCAUUGAUUCCCAGUUAUUGAAUUCCCUGAUUGCUGAAGCUAUAUAGUAAAUAUCAAAAUUGGAUAAGAUGAUUCUUUAUUUAAAACUGAUUUAGCACUAUUUUUUUUUAAAUCUCUAUGUAAUUUCAGUAUAUGUCUUUCUGGUUUUGUAAAAAAUGAGAUCUUGUUCAAAUUUUAAUAGAAGUUGAGUUAGAUCUGUGGAUCAGUUUAUUGAGAAUUGAUAUCUUUGUUUUAAAUUUUCCAGCUCAACAACAUGGUAUGUCUUUUCAUUUAAGUAUUCCUUGACUUAUUUCAUUGCUGUUUUUAUAGUUUAUACCCAUAUAACUUCUGUACAUUUUAAGGGAUAUUUAUAUCUUUUAUUUUUUAGUAAUUAUAAUUGGGAUGUUUAAACUUUGAAUUUCUACAUGGUAUUGAAUUUGGUAUAGUGUACAGAAAGGGUCUUUUUUUCUUCUACAACUUUGUUGAAGUAUUUCUAAUCAUUUUUAGAAUUUUUGAGAAUCCUUAAAAUAUUAAACACAUAAAUGUCUGUAAACAGUCAAAUAGUUUUUCUUCCCUCUCAUCUGUAUAGCUUUUUUUCUUUUCUUUCUUUUGUUUUAAGACAGGGUUUCUCUGGGUAGCCCUGGCUGUCCUGCUACUUGCUCUGUAGACCAGACUGGCCUCAAACUCAGAAAUCUGACUGCCCUCUGCCUCUCACAUGCUGGAAUUAAAGGCGUGCACCCCCACUACCUGGUUUCAUCUAUAUAGCUUGUAUUUCUGUUCUUUGCAUUGCACUAGCACUUUCAGUAUGACAUUAAAACUAGUGAGAAUUUACCUAGACUUGGUUCCUGAUGUGUUCAGUUUCUCAUGAGUGAUGUUAAGUGUAAGGAGUGUGUGUGUGUGUGUGUGUGUGUGUGUGUGUGUGUGUGUGUGUGCGUGUGUGUGUGUGUUAAAUCAAAUGUAGGAAAUUUCCUUUUGCUGAGGUAUUUUUGUUACUGGGUGUUGGAAUUCAUCAGAUGUGUUAAUCAAUGUGUUGAGUUGUAGUCUAUUGAUGUGAUGCUUCACAUUCAGCUUUGAAUAGUAAACCAGACUUGCAUUCUGAGAAGAGCCAUAGUGUAUAAUUUUGUUUAGAUUUUGUGUUGUUAGUACUUGCUAUUGUUUUAUUGAGGUUUUCCCCAGUUUCCUGAGUGAUGGGUUUACUGUCAUUGUUGUCUUGUGUUUGACAUUGUCUGGUGUCAGAGUGAUACCAGCCUUUCAGUAUGACUUGGGGAUUAUGCUUUCCUCCUUUUUUUUUUUUUUGGAAGAUGGUUUGUAAAAUUGGUACUGUGUGUUUUUGUAAUGUUUUGUAGCAUUCUCCAGUGAAGCAUUCAGUCUUGAAGAUGUUUGCUGUGAUAAAGUACUCUGACAAAAGCAGCUUAAGGGAGAAAAGGUUUAUUUGGCUCACAGUUUCAGGAUGUGAUGCAUCAUGGCAGGAAGUCAGAGUGGCAGGGACUUGAAGUAAAUAAUGACAUCAGAAAACAAUGAAUUAAUACAUUAAUGCAAGUACUCAGCUUACUCUGAACUCUUUAGAUUUUUAUUGUAUGUAAAUGGGUGUAUUGAGUGCAUUUAUGUCUGCACCAUGUGCUUGCAGUGCCCUUGGAGGCCAGAAGAGGUCAUCAGAUGUCCUGGAACUGGAGUUACUUUUACUACUCUAUAGGUACCAGCCACUGAACAUGGUUUGUUUGUGAGAAGGACAGGUGCUCUUAAAUGCUGAGCCAUCUCUCCAGCCCCGCCCCCUUUUUUUUCUUUUGUUUUUUUUCAAGACAGGGUUUCUCUGUGUAGUUUUGGUUCCUGUCCUGGAUCUCACUCUGUAGACCAGGCUGGGCUCGAACUCACAGAGAUCCACCUGGCUCUGCCUUCCAAGUACUGGGAUGAAAGGCUUUGCAUCACCACCGCCCAGCUUCCUUUCUCUACUCUUAUGCAAGCCACAAUUCUCUGUACAAGGUAUGAUACAUAGUGUGCAAGUCUUCUCACUUCAGUUAAUAUAAUCAAGGUAAUCCUUCGCAAAUAUGCCCACGCCCAACCUGAUCUAGACAAUCCCUCACUGACCCUCCCUUCAUAGUGAUCCUAGAUGAUGUCAAAUAACCAAACCAAUACAUGACUUUAACAUACUAUAACAUUUAGCACUUUGGUGUAUACCUGCCUUAUUACCACAGUUCCCUUUUACCUGUACCCAUUCCAUUGUUUUUUUUUUUCUUCUUGAAAUUGCAAAACUUCUGUUAAUAUUUCCUUUCUAAUUAGUGAAUUUUCUCUAUGCUAGGCUGGUGACAUUCUCAUUUUCUUUCAUCUAAGGACGCCCUCACAUUCCCUUCUUUCUUGAAUGUAGUUUUUGUGGCAUAUAGGAUCCAUAUUGCGAAAGUAUUUUCAGUAUUAUUCCAUCCCUUCCAUUCCUUCCCUCAACUAUGGUUUCUGGUUAGAAAUCUACCAAUUGAACUGUUCAGAAUCUGUCAUUUCAGUUGAGGUAUAUUCAAAAUGCUUUUCUCUGUAAUGCUCAAAAGUUUGUAAUGCACCAGGUAUGAAAAAUUUGAGUUUCUCUUCUUUUUUUUUUUUGAUAGUGUCCUGAUAUAUAGUCGGGGCAGGUCUGGUACUAGUGAACCCAGCCUAGCUUUGAACUUGAAGCACUCUUCCUGUUUCGGUGUCCUGAAUAGUGGGAUCCCAGCUGUGAGAGUUUAUUUUGAUUGGUGUUGAUUUUUUCUUUUGUUCUGAAGGUUUAUGUCCUUUGCCAAACUUGGGAGAUUUAAAGUUAUUUUUUUUCAUCCAAAUUCUUUCUGUUCUUUUGCAGGAAUUUCAGUAAUACAAAUGAUAAAUACUUUGUUAUUGUCCCAUGCAUCCUUGGGCUCUCACUUUUUCUUCCUUUUUUCUCUUUAUAUUGGUUAAUGUCUAUUGAUUUGAAAUACCAUGUCUUUCUUUUGUCAUGUCUAGUCAACUGUUGCACUUUCCAUUCUUUCUGUUUUUAUAUUUUUCAAUGAAACAGGUUCAAUAAACAAAAGAAGCUCA